AUGAAAGAACAUCCAAUGAGGGAACAGCGAAAACGAAUCCGUUUUGGUAGCCCGAGCGAUCGACAAUCCGCGUCCCAGCCUGAGCAGCCGCACCCAUUUCAUGCAAAGUCAUUGUUGAGUAUUCCCGCAGAAAUCCUCGGGAUCAUUUUGGAUGAGCUGGAUGCAAGGGAUCUUUAUACAUGCAUGCUGGUCUGCAAAGUGUUGGCCGCCCACAUCUGGAAUACUACGUCUCUAGUGUACAAGAUGGAGCUGGCAGUUGCCCAUGUUGAGAACGGACCUCCCAAUAACUUAUGCUCCGCCGACAGACUAGCUAGCCUGCGAGAACUGCAGAGGUCGUGGCGAGAACCCCAUUUCCCGCGAAUAUGGACUGUCCCUUGUGACAGCGUGUUCUGGUCUGCCUCUUGUGGGGUGCUUGCUUUAACGUCUGUCUGGGGCUCUCUCCAGCUGUAUCAGGUCCCUUCACAACUACUCGGUGUACCAGAGAAGCAGUGGCACAUCGAGAAUAGCGACACGGAAAUGCUGGUCGUCAUGUUCGAGUUUGACUUGACGCAGGAUCUCGUCGUGUUCGUCCAAGCCAACGAUGGAAUGUACCAGUGCCUCCACCCGCGCUCGCUGUCGAAACCAAGCGAGAAGCAUCCACUGGCGGCGACACCUCACCUGGUUCCUUUCGAUUUUUACUUUGAUGACUGCCCUUGCUGCCUCUAUGUGCAAGGGGACACCAUCGGCUGGCUUGUCUACGAUCACGAGGAGCGUGUAUCAAGCUUCCAACUAUGGAAUUGGAAAACCGGUCGCCAAAUCUUGCAUAUCGUCACUCGAGAGAAUGAGGCUCCGUGCACAACAUUCAUGUUCCUGGAUCACAGACGCGUCCUAGUGACGCGUCUCGACCAGCUCGAAGUGUACGCGUUUGACGCAGACGCAGCCGAUUCUCACGUAGAGCCAUCCCGCAUCUGCACAUUCAAACUGCCCGAAGCUGCGCGUGACGCUGAAUAUCUCCGAUCAUCCUUCCUUGCGCAGAACCAUUCCAACGUGCAAUCGAGCCCCGAUCGUCGCCCCGCAUUCCGGACACCAGAAAAGCACGAGCUCUUCAUGGUGUACACCCUUCUGUGCAAGCGGCACGCGCACGUGGGGACCGGGUUCGUGUUCAUGGUCGCUGCGCCGGUAAUCUUGUGCCGUAUCGAGCACGCAUAUCCCGGACAGUGCUUCGCAUGGGACGACUGGGGCUCGUUGGAUACACGCGUGAUCGAGCUGCCCGAGGGUCACGUCGACACGUUUGUCGACGUGCGAGGUACCAAGGCUGUGCUCGCUUACAUGAUCGACGGCGACAUUACCCAGCUCCAGGUGAAGGUUUUGGAGACAAAUCUGGAUAUCAUACGGCAGGAGCUGCGCAACGAUGAGUGUGGGUCGGCGGUAUACGAGACGGAGCCAUCACCCUAUGGUGCCGAAGGAGCGAGACCCGGGUGA